CAUCUUCCUCACACAAACCCAUGGUGGCGGCACGGCCACUUAGCCCUGGCCUCUGGUAAAAGCGAAAAGUUAGAAAUCAGUGGAGGGUUUAGGGUUUUGCGGCACUGCGUGUAGGAGCACGGCCAAUUUCUGAAAUUCCCUAACUCCAUUUAUUCUGUGAAAUCAAAGAAGCUGAAAAAACAAAUUGAGAGAAUAGCAGCAGAUUAGUGGUUAUUGUUAAAGAGAGAUGGGGAAAGCUUCAAGGGAUAAGAGGGAUAUAUACUAUCGAAAAGCAAAAGAAGAAGGUUGGCGUGCUCGCAGUGCCUUCAAGCUUCUUCAGAUUGACGAGGAAUUCAACAUAUUUGAUGGAGUGAAGCGGGUCGUCGAUCUUUGUGCUGCCCCUGGUAGCUGGAGUCAGGUUUUGAGUAGGAAAUUGUAUCUCCCAGCAAAGAGUUCAUCAGAUUCUAAGGAUGGUGAUGUGCCCCUUAUUGUAGCUAUUGAUUUGCAGCCCAUGGCUCCAAUUGAAGGUGUUAUUCAAGUGCAGGGUGAUAUAACUAAUGCUCGAACCGCUGAAAUUGUCAUCAGACAUUUUGAUGGUUGCAAGGCUGACCUGGUUGUGUGUGAUGGUGCCCCAGAUGUUACUGGCCUUCAUGACAUGGAUGAAUUUGUUCAGUCCCAGCUGAUACUAGCAGGUUUGACGAUUGUUACUCAUGUACUUAAAGAAGGUGGAAAAUUUAUUGCAAAGAUAUUCCGUGGAAAAGAUACAAGUCUUCUCUACUGCCAGCUGAAACUAUUCUUCCCCUUAGUGACUUUUGCAAAACCAAAAAGUAGUCGCAAUUCCAGCAUAGAGGCAUUUGCAGUUUGUGAGAAUUAUUCUCCUCCUGAUGGAUUCAACCCUAAGGAUCUGCAUCGCCUCCUAGAAAAGGUGGGAAGUCCCUCGGGUGCAGAUGAUCUAGAUUGCAGUAGUGGGUGGUUGGAAGGGCCAAAUAAGGUGUAUAUUCCAUUUCUAGCUUGCGGUGACCUCAGCGGAUAUGACUCUGACCGUUCAUAUCCACUACCUAAAGAUGCCCAGGGAACUUACCGGAGCUUGGAUCCUGUACAGCCCCCAAUAGCCCCUCCUUAUAAGAGAGCUCUAGAAAUGAAGAAAGCUUCCAGCCAGGGCAUCACAGAGCUUGAGAAGCUUUCUUUGGAGUCAUGAAUGCGAUCAUUUAUACGCAGGAUCAAACAACUUAGGGAUCCUUAGAUAUCUAAUUUAAACUACAGAUGGGCUUAUGUCCCGAUUUUUAAGACAAUUAUUCAUCCCUUUCUUGUUGUAACAGUGUGUAUGUCUCACAGUAUCUGAUUAAUCUUGAUAUAACUAUAAUCUUUCUGA